AUGGCUGGGGGGGACAGGCGGUCUCCUACCUGCUCUAGCAGGGGCGGUGGUGAAGGAUCAGGCGGUGGCAGUGAACGGGAUAGGCGGCGGUCGGGCAUUGGGUCCGGCGGUGGUAAAAGGUACGUGGAGGUGAAAUCGCCGGGUAAGGCGGGGUCGGCCAAGCAGGGCGGCAAGAAUGUCUCGGGCGGGAGAGCAGCUGUGGAGGCGUCGACGGGUGGAGCCAAGGGUGGCCCGGUUUCGGGUGAUGCCUUGGCUGGAGCUGUGCGCUGCGGCAAGACUGCCGCAGAGCUGGGAGCAAGCCAGGGGACCGCAUGCAGCGGGGCGGCUUAUGCCAAGCAGAUGGUGUGGGAUGGGCUUGGCUCCGUCGCUGCUAGAGGCGAAGGGCGAGACCCUGGCCGGUUCACCCCUGAAGCACGGAAAGGCUGCAUGGCUAAGGUGCUUGAUGCGAUGCAAAUGGAAGAGAUGCAAGUCUCAGCCAAUCCUAUUUUUGAGGAUGCUGCUAUGGAAUUUGAGUAA